AAGAGGGAAAAUAAGAGCAAAAGUAGCCGAAUUUGCCGGCUCAUAAGAUUGGUGUUAGUGACUCUUAAAAAAUUUGGAUUUGCUUCUGAGCAAGGAAAGUCCAUUUAUUCCUAUCUCCGUUACCGUCGUCAUUUCCUUAAACCUCACACACAAACUCUCAUUAAAACCCAAUCCCAUUACCCAUUAAAACCCAAGUUUUUGUUUCAACUUUUUAGCUAAAAGUGUCAAAAAAAAAAAAACAAAAAACAAACAAACUAAAACCAUGGCGUGUCAUGAAGAACAAUAUGGUUCUGAGGAGCUUUCUCUUGUUCAUCCGGACCCUGUUGUAUUAGAGCUCAAUCGUUUGAAGGACCUUCUCAAAGAAAAGGAGCGGGAAUUGGGGGUUGCUCAGGGUGAAAUCAAGUCUCUCACAGCAACUGAAGCUCUGAAGGAUAAGGCUGUCGAAGAGCUCACAAUCCAAGUUCAGAAAAUGGAUGAGAAGCUCAGAGUGAAUGAAAAUCUGCUGGAGCAUAAGAAUCUUGAAAUCAAGAAACUAACAAGUGAUAAGAAAGACGCAUUGGCAGCUCAGUUUGCCGCAGAAGCGGCUCUUAGAAGGCUACAUGCGAACCAAAAGGACGACGAUGCUCUUCCUCUUGCGUCUGUCGUUGCUCCUCUUGAGGCUGAAAUCAAAAUGUACAAGAAUGAGAUUGCUGCUCUUCAGGAAGAUAAGAAGGCUUUGGAACGCCUCACCAAGUCAAAAGAGUCGGCUCUGCUUGAAGCAGAAAGGAUUUUGAGAAGUGCUCUAGAAAGGGCUUUGAUAGUUGAAGAGGUUCAAAACCAGAACUAUGAACUGAGGAGACAGAUUGAGAUUUGCCAGGAAGAGAACAGAAUCCUAGAGAAAACAAACCGCCAAAAGGUUCUAGAGGUUGAAAAGCUCAGCCAAACCAUUCAAGAACUUGAGGAGGUUGUUCUAGCAGCAGGAGCUGCAGCCAACGCCGUUCGCGACCACAAACGCCAGAUUGAAGAGUUGAAUGAAGAAAAGAGGACUUUGGAGAGGGAGCUGGCAAGAGCAAAAGUUUCAGCGACUCGGAUAGCAACCGUGGUGGCUAACGAGUGGAAGGAUGAAAAUGAUAAAGUUAUGCCUGUUAAGCAGUGGCUGGAAGAAAGAAGGCUUAUGCAGGCCGAGAUGCAACGGCUGCGAGACAAGCUAACUGUGUCAGAGAGAACAGCCAAGGCAGAGGCACAACUGAAGGAAAAAUUUAAGCUGAGGCUGAAGACACUUGAAGAUGGACUAAAGGAUGUGUCAAGUUUCUCGAACAACACUAGCGCUUUUUGUGGUUCACCUAAAACAGAAAAGUCCAGUAACAUUCUAGGAUUUUUGACAAGCACUGGAGGGCUUCGAAAGAGGUCAACAUCGCAACCGAGGGGUUCGACCCUUAGCAGAAACACUCUUCUGCAACAACCAAAUUUAGAUAACGAGAUAACAAACACUAACAACAGUGAUACAAUAGUUUCUGGAGAACUCAAAAGUAAAGGUAGUGCCGGUGAUACAGAAGCAGCCACAAACUCUGAUGGCGAAGAUAUGGUCUCAGGGUUUCUGUACGAUAGGCUUCAAAAAGAGGUCAUUAGUCUAAGGAAGUUUUGUGAAGCCAAAGAGAAUGAUUUGAGUGCUAAAGAUCAAGAAAUAAAGAAUCUGAUGAAGAAAGUUGAAGCACUAGCAAAAGCCAUGGAAGUAGAGUCGAAGAGAGUGAAAAGAGAAGCAGCAGCCAGAGAGAGAGAAGCUGCAUCAGCUAAGAUUGAUGGUAACAGCAAGAAAAGAGUCGUUAACUCUGCUAAACGGGUGACAAAAUCAACUUGAGAAGUCCUCCACAUUGGAGGAA